UACCUAAGGUACUCGUGAUUGACUGUGUAGUGGUGCGGUCUAGGGGGGUGCCACUUCGAGUUUUCGAAGCGGAUUUGGAUCCGCUCCAAAACCUUGAGACUCGCUCCGUCUGUUUUUGCCGAAUCUGUGUAAUUUCAUUCAGAGUGUUGGUUUUGACAUUUCGUUUUGUUUGUUUAUGUUCUGGAAAAAACGUUUUUUCCGAUCGGUAUUUUUUAAAGUUAAUUUUCGCGAGCUGUGCUGAAGUUACCCAGCGGAAGAAUCUGUGGCCACGGAGUGCCUUGCACAAAGGUUGAGUGGUUCGUGGAAAAGUGGCCUAAGGGGAGAAUCGGUGUGCAGCUGUAUCCGCGACCGUUUCUUUCCAACGGGUCGAGCAGCGAGCCACGGAGCGACCAACCGGCAAAGUAUACGGCGUCCGGUUCUGCUGUCGGUAAAGGAGGAACUCCGGACUUCCGGCGAGUUCCGGGAGACGAGGAGGAGGCGGUGCUAGUGGUGCAAGCAGACUUAAUUUGAACAGUGCUGAGCGGAAAGGCUUCGGACGAUCGCGAGGACGUCUGGGACAAGAAGAGUGGUAAGUUGGGUGCACCUGAGCCGGUGGGGGGAAAGGUUGUGUAAUGGUGUCUUUUGAGGGAGGACUGCUGGUAUUGGCGUUUGGUCAAUAGUAUUUAGCAAAAAUUGUCUGCGUGCCUUCAAUCAGAAGCGGACUAUAUCUGUAACAGUUAAUCUUCUCUAUACCGUAGGUCCGAAGGAGGAGUUCGCUUCCGGGUAUCCACUGCAGGUAUCGAGGCUCAAGACGUGGCCGGAGAAAGACAAGGCGGUGCGGUUUGUGGAAAUUGCCUCGCUAAACUUGGAGGUUAUCGAAGUGACAUGCAAAGGGGAGUUGCAUUAGAGGCGUUGGGCUGACGUGGACCAUCCAAGUCCAGCUCAUCCGGAACCGAAGACCUCCUGUCGUCAUCUGAAGUCAAAGAAAAUGUACCCAGCUCUAGCUCAGGCAGUGCUUUGUGUCACUGCAAGUGCUAGCAACUCGUAUAAACAGUGCAAACAGAUGGCCUCUAAGGAUGACCCGGACGGCAAAUAGGACGAGGAGCAGUGGCUGCUACAGGACGUCAUCUUCGUGGAGGACGUACGGUCGAAACCAAUCGGGCGCGUGUCCAAGAUGGACUGUGACUACGUGGCGGUCAAGUUCCCACCGCUGGUUCGGGGGAUAAUUCCGCUCAAUUUGAACACCGGUAGACAGGAGCAAGACAGUAUGUUCCCGACGGAUAUCGAGUCGUUAGUGGGCACAUCACCAUCGAACGUGUCGCUGCCUUGCGCUGGAGAUUGCUCCGACAGUGUUCUGCUGUUUGAGCUGGCUGGAUCGCCCACUGAUCAAGUAUAUUGCUGCGGCCUCGCUGACGUUGCCAUCGUUCGAGGUGAACUUACAGUCGCAGGUUGGGGUGACAUCGGCGUUAGUCACGUGAUGGGACAGUUGGAGGGAGACCUAAAGAGUCAACUGAUGUGAUCUCAGACACUUGUCGAAGUCCAACAAAGCCUCGACCCAUGAUCCACUAGCCCGGGAGGUUCCGGAGGAUCUGGCUCGGGUUCGAACACCAACUACGUUUGCCGUAACGUGCCGUGUCUACUAGCCCGGCAUCGUCUUGUUCAACGCGACGCUCAAAUCGCCAACAGCGACAUGUCCAUUCGUGACUAGAUGAUAACCCGGACCAGAUCCACUCGGAAUCAUAAGAAGCC